UGUUGGGGGGAAACGGAAAGCCGGAUAUAUUUUGAAAGUGCCAAUGCGGAAAAGGUGCUGCAUCACUGGUUUGUUGUUGCAGUGCGGAUCAAGUCUGUGGUGAGACAUUUGUACCCUAAAAGCUCUCAGGACUCUUAUCUCCUACUUGUUUGUGUGUGUGUGCUUGUGUGAGUGUGUGUGUCGAAGAGUUCUGUGUGUGGUUGUUUGAGUGCUUGUGUGCUGUGCCACCCUGUCGUGUGCAAUGUCUUCGGAGCUGCUGGUGGAUUUGAGUGAAGACCCAGCUACAGCCCAACUGGGCCAAUUGAAGCUGGCCACCUUAGAAGACCAACAGUUUCCGGCGGAUGAGUCAACUCUCAGCAAGUCUGAGACGGACAUCUCCCAGCGCUUUGAUGCUAGUUCCCCCCACCUGCCCUGGGACCAUCCUUUCUAUGACAUUGCCCGACAUCAGAUCAUCGAAGUUGCAGGCGAUGACAACUUUGGCAGAAAAGUGAUUGUGUUUAACGCCUGCAGGAUGCCGCCCCAUCAUCAACUGGACCAUCACAGGCUUCUCAUGUACCUGAAAGGAACAUUGGAUCAGUAUGUUGAAAGUGACUACACGCUGAUCUAUUUCCAUCAUGGUCUGACCAGUGAAAACAAGCCGUCACUCAGCUGGCUGCGAGAUGCUUACAGGGAGUUUGAUAGGAAAUAUAAGAAGAAUAUAAAGGCCUUAUACAUCGUCCAUCCCACCAUGUUCAUCAAGACCUUGUUGAUUCUCUUCAAACCCAUCAUCAGCUUUAAGUUUGGAAGAAAAAUCAACUAUGUGAGCUAUCUGAGUGAGCUGGAUGAUGUGGUCAAGUGUGAGCAGCUAAUCAUUCCAGUCCGUGUCAAAGAGUACGACAACAAGUUGAGGGCAUCCUUGAAGUCACCUUCCCAGCUUCCCCUGUCCCCUCCUCGUAGCCCACCUCUCCCCAACCAGAUCUUUGGGGUCUCCCUUGAAUUGUUAAGAAAGAGGAGUGCAGAUGGGGAACUGGUUCCUGUGGUGAUGAGAGACACGAUAAGCUUUCUAACAGAGCAAGGAUUGGAGAUUGAGGGGAUUUUCCGACGUUCAGCCAACGUGACUUUGGUGAAGGACGUCCAGCUCAGAUAUAACUCGGGAGCGGCAGUAAAUUUCCAAGAGAUGGAAGAUGUCCACUUGGCUGCAGUGAUCCUGAAAACGUUCCUGAGGGAACUUCCAGAGCCACUGCUGACUUACCAACUUUACAACGACAUCGUCAACUUCACCUCUGUGCCCACAGAGAGUCAGGUGACAGUCAUGAAGACGCUGGUGGAGUCGCUGCCAGAGGAGAACUAUGCUUCACUCAGAUACUUAAUCACAUUUUUGGCACAGGUGUCAGCUAACAGUGACGUGAAUAAGAUGACCAACAGCAACCUGGCAGUCGUGUUUGGGCCUAACCUCCUCUGGGGGCGGGACAACGGCAUGUCACUCAGCGCCAUAGGACCAAUCAACAACUUCACCAGAAGCCUGUUGGACCAGCAGCACUUGGUAUUUACUUAAAUGUGUCCUGUCAGACUCUCUACUGAGGCAAUUCUGCAUUGACAGUGAGGCACAAAAUGCACAUUAAAUAUCCCUUGGAUUAUAUCUUUUGUCACCCAGCUUUGUGGUUGGACUGUUAGGGUCGUUUGAAAGUGUAUCCUGAGACCCUCUUCAACAUGCAAAUGGCGCAUGUAAAAAUUACAAGUUUUGACAACAUAAUUUAAAGACCACCAAAUUUACCUUGAAUUGUUGCAGUUUACCUAAAGAGAGUGUAGAGUUGUUAAAUGAAAACAAACAUCAGAAACAUAGUUGUCCCAUUUUUCUGUGUUUUACUGUUUUUAGUCACUGCAGUUUUUCUAUCGUGCAAAAAAAAAAAACCCUGAUUGAAAGGAAUACACUUUAAUAAGUGAAGUUUUGUGUGAAACGCCUAAGGUUCAUUUCAAUUCACAGCUCCAAAUGUGGGCAAUCUUUAGAAAUGCUGUAUUGAAAAAGGCAAAAUAAGAUUACAGUGGAGCCUGUUUAAGUUCACCAACAUAAGUCCUGGUCCACUGUGCUCUUUUCACUAAAAAGUGCCCACUUGAGUCAAUGUUGACGUGCAUGGUUGAUUUGAGACACAUAAGGAUCAUUUCUAUUAAUAACGUCUCUAUAUACAUCGACAUGUUGUGCUAUUGUUAACUUCAUCAUUUUCGCUGGCGUGUUUUUGCAAAGGUAGAUUUGUAAUUACGUGCAAAUCAAUAAAAAAUUUGAAAAAGGAACUGCCACUUACAUAUAAAGUUUCAGCGUAGGACCGUAGGUCCUUUCUUUUGUCGUGCAGCAAAUUGCACUGAUUCUAAUUUUGCAAGAAUGAGGGAAAAGUAUUCUGCCAUCGAUCCAAAAAUCUAUUAUCUUUGUGUCUCUGGCAAAAAUCCUAAUUGUGUUAGCAAAAGCCAUUUUCGGUAAUGUCAACAACAGUUUAUGUCAACGUAAGUCAGCCAAUCGGAGGGAUGUCGACUUAAACAGUUUCCACUGUGCUUUGGGACGCUAUAGUACCAUAUCGUAAUAGUUUAUGCAUGCAUGUGUUUUCCCAACAUGACCCUUACCAAAUAUGUCUUUUUAGAGUUGGAUUGUGUGAUUGCUGUGUGGGUUUAUUUUGUACUUGCCUUGAUGUUGUUCACGGUGUGCCAUUAACGGAGGUACAGUAGUCCAAAUAUAGUGGUGUCCUCUGGUCCGUCAGGGAUAAAAAGGUUGUUUCAAAUUACUCUUUGCCUUUUACUUUCGCUGCAAAAUCUCAUUUGAAAAAAUGCUGCCUUUUAACAGGCUUGACCUUGUCAAAAGGUAUCAAGAGCUUUUAUCUGCAUCUUUUGGUUUUAAAUGCUGUUAAUCGUAAUUUUAGGGAAACCGUUUCUGCCUGAAUUCCAUCCUCUUACAACAACU